UUUGUUUUUAAUUACUGUGUUAGAUAUGUAUUGGUUCGCUCAUGCUGCUGACCCUCCUCAAGAUAAACCUCGACGUGGCCUAUGGUCCCAGUCACCUGAUCAGCAAGACCCAGAGAAUGAAAGCUUGUCUCACACUGUUCCACAGCAAGGUGUACAAAGUCCCACUAAACAACAUGAUAUCAAAAGCCCUAGUGAACCUCAGACACCUGGUACUUUAGCAGAUAUAUACUGGUUUGCUCAAGGCGGUGAAGCACUGACACCUUCAGCAGACCUAGCCAGUGACUCUGGGUUUUCAGAUGGAAAAGAAGCCUCAUCUCCAUUAACACUAAAAGAAAGGGAAGAAAAGGCAAGAUAUAUUCGUGAGAAACAGGCAGAAGAACGACUUCGUCGUUUUAAUGAGAUAAAGCAGCAACAGAUGAAUGCUCAGCAUCUCAGAGAACAGCAGGAAGAAGAAAGAAGGCGAAAAAUAGAGGAAUUCCGUCAGCGAGACCAAGAACGACGUAAUGCUGUUGAAGAGAGAAAAAGACAAAUCUGGGAAGCAGAACAAGAAAGAAAAGAAGCCUUGCUUCGAAGAAAUCUAGAUCGAGAAUCAAAGCUAGAAGCUAGACGUUAUGCACAGAGAAGUUCAUCAUCAUUUGUUUUUGGCAGUUCUACUCCUAGAACUUUAGAUUUGGAUGUUGGUAUUCUAGGAGGUCGAUCUUCCUCAAUACUCUUUGCUGCGAGCGGUGGACGCCGCUCUGAAGAAAGAGAUGUUGAUGGAAGUAAGAAACGAGCUACAUCUGCCUGUAGUCUUGACCGGAGACCAGAGGGAAAUGAUGACUAUAUGGAUGAAACCGGAGGCUCUGAGCCUCAGGUUAAGUUGCGUGAACCAAAUGUAGAUUCCAGUGCUCUACAAGAUCGUACCUUUAAACGGAGGUCAUACGGAGGCUUAGCCUCUGAGGAGAUCAAGGCUUGCCUAACUAUGACAGAUGGUAACACUACCUUCCUUGCUUCACCUGAUGCUGGUAGUGGGGAUCCUUUCUUAGACUUGCAUUCUUCUGGUUGGUUAAUUGGUUCAGGGGUGAUGGUUGGUGAGUAGGCAUCAUCUAACCACCAACACUGUGUCCUGCGUGAAAGUCCGUAUCUGGCAUGGUCAUGCUUAGUUCAUUGAUCCUAAUCUUCCAUUUAUAAAACUAACCUGCUAUAGCUAGAGAAUGGCUCUUUUUAAGAGCUCUAAAUAACUCUGUUUAACAAGUUAAUAACACUAGUGCUUACAGAAAUGUGUGGCUAAAGGCAGGAAUCUCCUCUCUGCCAAAGUGCAUGAAUAAAGAGAAAAUUUAAAUUUGUUCUUAAUGUUAGAUUUACGUCUGUGGUAGCUACUAGUACUUUCAUGUGUACACAUGAGCACUCGUCAUUUCUGUCACUGUAAACAGAAAAGUAUUACUCUGAUAUUGAAAAACCCAUUGAUAGGCUUAGAACUGUACAGUUCUUAAGUGUUCUAAUACUUCAGAGAUACUAGAAGUGGAUUAAAGGAUGAGAAACAGUAAAUCUUUUUGAAGACUAAUGUACAUGAAAUACAUUUGUAUGCUUUAGUUGUGUUUUGCAUGUGUUGCUGUUUUGUUGUAAUGCUUUCUUUUGUUUCAUUUUCCAUGCUUUAAAGUGAAGUAAAAUGUGUAUUAGUUUUAGAUAAGUAAGAAGUUUUAUUUUGUCAAGUUUAUUUUCUUUUUGUUUGUAUAGAAACAUGUUUCAAUGUAUUAUAACUAGUAAUGAUUUUAUAUAAACAGUAGAAAAAUUUAACAAAAUUUUAAUUUUUUGUAAUAAAUUUUUUGACAUAAGAUGACUUAAUGAUUUUUCUGGUAUUACUGAAGGUACCCUGUGGUGUUCUAAUAUUGUUGACUGAAGAGCUAGAGAUUGAAUUUUAUAUGUAGAAAGUAGUUAUUCAUCAAAAUGAAUAUCCAAAGCUGGUGUUUUAUGAUUGAAAUAAAAAAAAUUACUUGUCA